AUGCUGUGGAAAUUUUUUACAAAAUAUUAUGAUACAUGCUUUAUAUAUCCUCAAAAAUUAUUAGAUAAGAGUACAACUCUGAUACAUUGGAUAUAUGCACUCGUGUGGUAUAGUAUUCCAGUUUUACUUAUUACAUGUACUAUUAGUAUAAUUAUUUUUGUAUUAACUUGGAUUUUAUAUAUUGCAUUUUACUGGUAUAUGAUACCCCCAAAAAUAUCAUCAUUUCCAAUAGAGUUAAACUAUUAUAAACUUACAUCACCAUAUCCUAAUAAUAAUUUUAAUUCUUAUUAUAGUAAUCUGAAAGAAAAUAAUACUUAUGAAUUUUAUAAAUCAAUGACACAAAAUGCAGAUAUAAAAAAUAAUCUUGUAUAUCAUGUACAUAGUGAAGAAAUGGGGACUGAAUUAAUGUAUCAGAUGUCAUUAGCUGAUGCAUAUAUUGAUUUUAAAAAUGUAUCUUGGACAACAAAAAAAUUAUAUAGUUACAAUAAACCUGAAUUAAAUUUAAAUUUGUUUGAUGUUACAAUAUUUUCUAAAAUAAAGUUACUAAUAAUACAUUAUUUACCAUUGAGAUAUGUUAAAAGAUUAAUAAAUAAUAUAUCACUAUUAUUUUCAAGAUCUACAAAAUUACAACAUGAACUAGAGAAGCGUGCAUAUGGAUAUAAUGUUGAUAUAAUAACGGAAUUACUUUAUUUUCCAACAAUAUAUAAUUUGAAUAUUCCACCUUUAAUGAUUAAUUUAGAUUUGGUGAAAUGUUCUAAUAUAGUUGAAAAUUCAAUAGAAGAAACUUCUAAUGUGAAUAAUAUUAUUACAAAUUUUAAAAAAACUGUUUCUUUAGAUUAUAUACCAAAUAUUGCCUUAAAAUUACAAGAAUAUUUGUUAGUAUUACCAUUCAUUUUUGGUUUUAAUUUGAAUAAUAUUGGAUUUGGAUUAAGAAAAGGAUUAAGAAUUAAAAUGGCGGAGAAUUUUCCUUUAUUUUCAAAUAAUGAAAAUCUAGAUACAUCUAUUCAUUCUUCAGUUAAUAUAUGUGGAGCAAUAAUUCGAAUAAAGCCUGCUCUUCACAUUGCUGGUGCAAAUUUAAUAUUUGAAACAAAAUUACCUUAUUGGAAAGAUAUUAUUAGAUCACAUCCAAUUAUUACUGGAUUUAUUAUUACAAACUUAUUUACAUUUAUAGGAUGUUUAACUACAUUUUUUAUAUCAAUUAUGAUUGGUUUAUAUAUUCUUUGGAGUAGAUAUUCUAUUGCAAAUGGAGGAGGAAAUAAUUCAAAUGAUUCUAAUAGUAAUCUACCAACUGGGACAAUCACUUAUACUAACUGUACGCCUUUAUCAUCUUAUUGUAGAAGUAUGUCAGAGCCAUAUGGAGAAUUGGUUUAUCAAAAUAGUAAUAAUAAUAAUAAUAAUAAUUUGAUAAUAGGUACAAAGAAUAUUAAUGUUGAGAAUAGUGGUCUCUUACCAUUAGAGAUAAAACCACCAGUCCAAUCAAUCUUAAAGAGGGAAUUAAUAGAUGAUAUUAAUAAAACUCAAACUUUUGAUGAUUCAGUUUUUUGUGACAAAAUAGUUAAUAAUAUCGAAAAACUAGAAUGA